CUCCGCCCCCUCUUGGCCCCGCCCACCCAGCCGGGUACAGAGAGUUUUAUGCUAAUGAGCCCGGGCCAAAGCUGCUGCUGCUGAGCGCGAGGACCCAGUAGAAACUGCGUCGUCACCACGGAAACCUGGACUGCUUCCGCGUGAAGGGCUCUCCAGCAGGGGGCGCAGUGAGAUUUGAUGCUGCCCCUGCACGUCCACUAAUUAACAGUCCACGCAGUGUCUCUGCAGUGAGAAUCACUCCUCUGAGGACCAUGAAGAGCUCUCCAGAUCUGAUGCCCACUGAGUUGGAUCCAUCUCGUGUGUGUAAGGGGAAGGGGGCUGUUACUCUGAGAGCCACAUUAGUUCAGGCUGAUGAUGGAGACUGUACGACCGAGGAACAGGAUGCGAAACCAGACAUGAGUGAAUGCCACAGAGCGGUCAAUGGAGAUGCCACAGAAACGAGUUUGGCAGACAAAAGACUAAAUAGCAACGAAGCUCAUUCAAAUUCAGACCCAGUCAGUAAGGCUACAACACAGGUGGAGUGUGUUGUAAGCUUAGGUCUGAGUGACUGUCCAUCAUCAGCCAGUGAGCCAACUGUGUGCACAUCAAACAGCAGUGAAUACCCAACAAUUGUUCUGUGGCAGCAUGGCACAGAUGCUGUAGAGCAGCAGGACCGAGUGUGUGAUCACGGCUCCAGCGAGACGCAAAUCUGUCGUCCACCUGAAGAUCCACCUCAAAGACCCUCUAUACAGAUGGAGGGCAAAAGAACGAUGAUUACUGUUCACUCAGUGUCCCCUGUCCCACUGGAGAAGCCUCGAGUCCCAGUACGGAACACAGAGAAGUCCAAGGACUGGUACAAGAACAUGUUCAAACAAAUCCACAGAAUACCAGAACCUCCUGAGGAAAAUCCAUACCGUCCCACCUACAUAUUCCCAGAGAUCUAUGACAGGCCGCUGAAAACCAGAGAUGAUAGCUCUUCACAUAUGGAUGAUUAUGGGCGAAGUGUUCCUCGGUCUAAAAGUGCUGUAGACGUGGGCAGCUCACAGACAAGGAGAAGAGUAUCUAUGCCAACUCAAACAUCUUCCCUACGGCCAGAAAGAAAUGAGUGGGAGCCCCCUGACAAGAAGGUGGACACCAGGAAGUAUCGCGCUGAGCCCAGGAGCAUCUUCGAGUACGAGCCAGGGAAGUCGUCUGUGCUGAGGGCGGAGAGGCCGGACUUAUCCCCUGAAGAUGUAGAUUUAGAGAAUGAACCAUGGUAUAGAUUCUAUUCAGAGAUGGAGUUUGGCAAAACGAGUGCCCCCUCUUUCACUCCCUUGGAAACAGCCUCCGACCUGCAGCAAUACCCGACGUGUAAACCGGGCCCCAUUGUGGCGGGGAAGGAGGGCGGCUCGGCUGGCGCUGAGCACGCAGCUCCAGAAUGCGAUCGGCACAUUUACAAAAGUGUCUUGGAGGGUGGCGACAUCCCACUGCAAGGCCUGCGAGCACUUAACAAACGCCAUCCCAGUUCAUCUUCGAAAGGUGGGAAUGGCUGUGUGAUUUCACCAUGCUCCUCUGUAAAUGGUCGCUCAGUUCUUGCCAGUAGCACACUAGGUACUCAGAACAAGACUAAAAACUCUCUAUUUGCUGCCAAAGCCUGCAUUCCUCAAAUCCUCCCCUCUAAAUUCAAGCCUAAAUUUGCCCCUUCUACUGAUGAGAACCAGGAGAGGAGAGCUGAGGCAACGGCAUGGGCCAAAGUGCACAGCUGUGAGGAUCUACACGAAGAGCCAUGCCUCUCAGGAAACGAUGAUACAACAGACACGUACCAUGAACUCGGUUCAGACACCAAAGCCAACUUUUUUCGAGAAGCUGUAUGCAAAAGUAGCACGCCUAUCCAAAAUGGACCUUUCAAUGUAGCUGUAAGGAGCACAGCAGAAUUUUCAACUCUGUACAGGAACAUGCACCAUAUUGAGAGGCCGAGAUCUUUGGGCCUCAGCCCUCAUGCCAGUGUACGUAACUUGGCCUCACUUUUUGAAAGGUCAGAUGCUGAUAUCACUGCUGAGCAAUGCAGGAAUAUCCCCCGUCAUGCUGUCAGUUGUCGUGUGAUGGAGUUUGAGCGUAUAAUUCAGUGUUCUAAUACCGGCCCGACACGCUCCGCCUCCAUGCCUACACUACCCAGUGGCUCUAGCCCCUCCCAUAGCCCCGCCCCUGUAGCUUGUAUACUUCAAUCAGCUCUUUCUGCUGAGUCGUUAAUAACGCCUGGGAUGGCACAUGUAGACAAUUGCCCCUUAGAGUGUGCCGAGGAGCAAACACCUAAAGAAGAGACUUCAUUCUCAGAAAUUCAAGAGCCAGAGGUGUGUGUUGCAUUUUCUAACAAGAACCAUAGCUCAAGAACAGACUUACUCUCACACACUGAUGGCAAGAGAGAACAGAAGGAUAGCUGUGUACAAAAUGCUACAGUGGAAACUCCCUCUCCUGGUCUCUCACUGCCUAACACUCUAAUAUUAGGGCACCACCACCACCACCACCACCACCAUGAUCCUCUCCCUUUUCACCUGAAACCCAGCAAGUGUAAAGGCUCCUGUCCUGCCUCCUACACCCGUUUCACCACUAUCCUCAGGCAUGAGCGUCAGCAGGCCAGAAGCUGCCUACCAGAGAAGAGACCAGGUCCUCCUACAAACCUGUUGCUAAUGGGUCCAGCACCAUUUUCCUUACGGAAGAGCCUGCACAAUCUCCAGUCCAAAAAAACACUUUCAGCUGCAAAAAGCCUGGCCAGGGAUACUGCAGAAGGUCGAGCGCUUUCGUCCAGACUGCGACCCAUCAUCCCCCAGCGUCUGUCGUCUCUCGAGGUGCUGGAGAGGCUCAGUAAUGGUUCAGAGGGGACCAAUGGCGAUGACUUCAUCGAUGCAGAAUGCUCAGAUGCCAAUAAAAACCACUGUGGAGACUCCGAAUCCUCACAGCCGUUAAGCCAAGGAGAUCAAGGAGAAAACCCAGACGAGGUGGCACGCAGACGUUACGGAGACAAAGAGAAAAUCCUGGAAGAACAGAGGCGUUUGAAGCGGGAACAAGAGGAGGCGGACAUCGCAUCACGCCGGCAUGCAGGCCUAGUACUCACACAUCAGCAGUUUAUCACCAAUGAGCGCUUUGGAGACUUGCUCACCAUCAACGACUCAGAGAAGAGGAAGUCUGGCCCAGAGGUGACUGCCGUCAUUAGCACCACGAAUAGGACACCUGCCCUGGCCCUGUUUAACUUUAAAGCGGAAACAUUAAAGGAGCUGCCAUUUCAAAAAGGAGACAUUGUGUACAUCUUUCGGCAGGUGGACCAAAACUGGUAUGAAGGAGAGCAUCAUGGUAGAGUCGGCAUUUUCCCACGUAACUAUGUCGAGCUACUGCCCCCGACAGAAAAAGCCCAGCCCAAAAAGAGUGCUCCAGUUCAAGUGCUGGAGUACGGAGAGGCCGUUGCACGCUUCAAUUUCACUGGAGACACAGCUGUCGAGAUGUCGUUCAGAAAGGGAGAGCGGAUAACACUCAUUCGGAGGGUGGAUGAAAACUGGUACGAAGGAAAGAUUUCAGGCACCAACAGACAAGGCAUCUUCCCAGUUACUUACGUGGAGGUGCACAAAAAGCCUCGUGUUAAGAAUGGAGUGGACUUCCCCGAUCCUCCCCUUAGCCAAUCACCACAUCGCAGCACAAAUGCAUCUCCACAGCCGGUGCGUGCCCGUCUCAGCACCUCCCCUCUCCCACUGCCACGCUCACCACGCCGCUCUGUGUCUCCUGAGGUCCAUGCUAUAUCUAAUGAGUGGAUCUCCCUCACAGUAGGGGGUGUGAGCUCUAGCCCACCAGCUGCCCCAACUCCUCCUCUGCCUCCUCUGCCCAGCACUGCCUAUCGUCUAGGUGAAUAUUUGCCCCCAUCACACUCUGCCAGCCCUGUGCCCCCCAUCACUGGAAGCCCAUACUACAUCUCACCGAUGGCCUCGCCAUCAUGCUCCCCUCUGCCCCCUCCGUAUCCACCCCGGCCCAACUCUGCCACUCCGUUCCUCACCUUCACCCCACCUCAGGGGGAGGACUUCCUCCUUUUCCCUCCUUCACCACGUCUGUCGCGUAGUCUGAGUCCGUGUGGUGGUGCCGGCAUGGAAGGAUGGCUGGGUGGAGCAGGAAGGCUGGACUCAGAGCUGCAGGAGGGUGAAGGGGGAGAGCUGGACAGGGUUGGCAGCUCCCGCAAGGCGCCAUGCAGCUGGAGAAAUAGUCCAGCAGAGCCUUUAAAGAAUGACGGAGAUUACCAUGGCAGAUCCUCGAGAAGUCCAGUCAUGCUAUUUGACAUCCAGGACAACAACAUGAACGCCAACUCAUUUACGGAGGCAGUGUGUAAUGAGAUCAUGAAUAUUGCAGAGACCUCGGUGAGGUACUGCAGCACUUUGUCCCGCCCUUUAGACUCCGCUCACAGAUUGAUGCCCCACCUCAGUAAACGCUCUCUCAUCAUUUCCCAGCAACCCCAGUCCCAAAGCAGCAGCCCUGAACCUGGACGCCUGAGCUGCGGCAUAUUCCAGGCUUUGUACAGCUAUGUGCCACAGAAUGACGACGAGCUCGAGCUGCACGAAGGAGACCUUGUGAACGUCAUGGAGAAAUGCGAUGACGGCUGGUUUGUCGGUACAUCUAAGAGGACAAAACAGUUUGGCACCUUCCCAGGGAACUACGUGAAGGCCAUUAACUUGUAAUAUGUGAAAAUGUCUGAUUUGUAUGUAGAGACUCUAACACUAUGUUAAUAACACCCGUGUGGGUGGAACACUGAUGAGCUAAAGUGUAUGAUUUAUUUUCUCCUUUGUUUCUGUCAGUAUUGUAUCUUGCCCAGGUGAAUGUCCAGGUAUGUGAUCGGUAAGGUCUGUAGCAUGUCAGCAAGAAUUUUGUAGUAAAACUACAAGUAUCAGCUUGUCAGCUUGCACAGUUUCAUAUAGUAUACAUUACUUAUAUUUUAUUUUGAUUUCUAUUUAAAUGUUCAUGUCCAUACUGUUUUUUUUUUGGUACUGAAUCACAUACCUGACAUUAACACAGCAAAAACUCUAAAGUAGACGAAACAGACUAGCAGCAGUAUUGUAAAGAUCAGAAUGUAGUUAAUGGCACUUAAAGGAGGGUAUCAGUGUUGAAGGUUGAACGAGUGGACAAAGGUCAGAAAAAAAGGAUAUGUAAACUUUGUGCAAAACAAAAAAUAGUUUCAGACAUCCUGUGUGUAUUUUGAGAGCAUUAUAAAUGGUCUGGUUGAGUUCCUGUUGUGAUGUGAACCACCACAUGGACUGAGGAAUGAAUCAUGAGGUUUUGGGGAUCUUGCUUUUAUUUAAGACAGAAUAUCUGCUGUUAACAGUAAUAGGAAAGAAAUUAUUCGUUUUAAACCUGUUUCAGAAAACAGAUGGGUGUCUGAUGAGGUCUACAUUUUUGUUGACAAUCCUAGUUUUUUCCCGUUUCUUUAAAGAUCAGGAGUAACCAGGAUCAUAACUGCUCAUCUUUUGUUUUAGACAAAUGCAAAAAAAAAAAAAAAAAAGGACCUUACUUUGAUUGUCUCUCAUGUUUCACACACUGGCAGUACUAAUCCUUCACGUAACUGAAACAAAUCUGUUACUAGACAGAAGAAUUGUCAGCAUUUUCGUAAGUGACUAAGUCAUGUUUAGUGAGAAAUAAUAUUUUGCUUUCAAUUUGGUGUCAAACGUUCAACAGAUAAAUUUAAACUAUUUAACAAAAUACUUACACAGUUAAUAUAUAUAUAAAAUAUAUAUAAAAUAUAUAAGGUGUGGACAAGCCGCUUAUAUAAAGCUUUUCUCCAUUUUGAUACUAUUUUUGAAUAAUAAUGAAAAAAAAAAUAACAAUGAAACAAUGUGGAAUUACCCCAUGAACAAAAAAAGUAUAUAUAUAUAUAUAUAUAUAUAUAUAUAUAUAUAUAUAUAUAUAUAUAUAUAUAUAUAUAUAAAGCUUUAUGAGAACAAUCAAAACUGUUUUAUAUUUAAAGUUCUUAAAAAAUAUUUCUGUUGACUUCUGGCAUCGUCUCAGACGGCUUCACGAUAAAACAACAAACAAACAAACAAACAAACAAAAAAUUAAUAUUAUUUAUCUGGAAAAAAAAUAGUUUUAAGUAAAACCUACUAAUUCAGAAGUAAAUGAUUACACUGACAUGAAAUAAAUUACAAUUAUUUACAUUAGUCAUAGAAACAAAUUUGAUCUAUAAUCCCUUAUGAAAAUAUCUUUAAUACUAUUAAAGAUAAAAAAAAAUAAUUUAACCCGUCCAAACUUAUGAUUAGUAGUGUUAUUCAUUGGCUUUUGUCCUACAGCAGUGUUUGUAGGGUCAAACAAGCGGCAGGAAAAAGCGCUGCAGAAAGAAUGAAGUAGAAGAAAGAAUGUUUUUCAUCCCUACGUCUGAGCGGGGGAAAAGAAAAAAGAAAAAGAAAAACAAAACUAGACCUCAGAAGGUAAAGGCUUGCUGAGUAUUAAAAUAUAGUAAUACAGAACAAGGAAUAAAUGAAUAUUUUAAGAAUAUAGAUGCUAUUUUAGGUAUAAGGCAGUAUAAGGUGAUGUAAAUAGAGGUCAUUUUUUCAUUCUUCGUGUAAUAUUCAAACUAUUCUUGAAAUUCUUAUUUUCCUAACCCGAAUGAAACUGGUCCUCCUAAGAGCACAUAUGAUCACUUGGAUAUGUUGCUGUACUACACAGGCUUGUGGGAUAAAUCCAAAUCUAUUUUUUGUCAUUAGAAAGCUUGGAGCUUUUGAAGUACAGCAUUCGUUAACAUGGGUUUACAGAACUUUAAUCCUGACGUGACCACAAAAGUGUUGAUCUGUACGAGAUGUUCUGUCGUACCUCCGUCCUUCCUAUCUUGAAGUGCCAUUUAUACGAGUAAGCUACAUUAGGAGACUUUUUUUUAUCUAUAUACUAAACAUCAAGCUGUUUGAUAGUUUAGUUUCUUCUGCUGUAGCAGCAUUUCAGUGUGGUGUAGACUGAAUAGAGGAAAAAGUAACGAUCGCUUAAUAGACCUGAUGUGAAGAACAUGCCAUGCUUGAGUUUCUACACAGUGUUGCACUUCUGACAGCCAUGAAGUAUUUUGGCUCGUGAACUAACGUCUCCUGUACAUUGCGUUCUAUAUAAUGCCACAGGAGGUCAUGUGUGGAGUGUUUCACAGGUUUAACUGUUCUUUUAACACAUCCACAUUCAGUAUUUAUCAUAUUUUACGUUAAUAACACUGUGUAUAUCAUUGUCUGGCUCAUUGGUUUUAACCGUAUCUCACUUUAUCCAACCUGAUUAGAGUCAUAUAGGAUUUUAAAUUCAUCACAGCUUUACUUUAUUCCAUCCCACUUUAUGAUAGACAAACUAAAAGAAUAUAGUGUCUUGAGAAUCCUGAGACGAGAGAAUCGUACUUGUAAAUAUUGUAUAAUAUAAAAAGAAUAAAAUGUUUGAAGUCACAACAGCCUUUAGGAAUAUAGUUUAUAUAACAGGAAGAGUUUUAGGAAAGCACAGCGAGUUGCUUUUGGUGGAUAUGAAUGAAUGACAGAUUUCUAACACUGUGUUAGGAUCCAGAUGCCUUUUGUCUCACAGCUUUGUUAACCGUGCCUCGUUUUUUGUGUUUAUUAUUAUUAUUAUUAUUACUAUUAUUAUUAUUAUUAUUAUUAUUAAUAAUAAUACUUUUGCCUUGAUACAUUGAGAAGGGAAUCCAUGUUACUUUGUAGGAGAUGCUUGACCACAAGUGUGUUACGGGAGACAAUUACCAAGAUCCUGACUGCAAUCACUGGACAUUUUCAUAGAGUGUGACAUAAUAAUGCCUGUAGUGAUCUUCCACAUGCAGAGGCUCAUAUUGCAGUUAGAUGUUGUUUUCCUUUAUUUGCGGUGCAGUUACAGAUACAGAUAGAAUGUUGGAUUUAAACACGCUAUUUACUGCUGUGAUUUCAUUAUUAUGCAAUAUUUAAUAAAAUGUAUUAAAGCUC